AUGGAGGUUCAGUUUGGGAUCGAUGUGUGGGCAGUGAGGGUUGUGGGGAGGGUGGCUCAGAAAGUGCAGGUAAAGCACUGCACUCAGUGCCUGGCAGGGAAGCCUCUCCUCUUAUGCAGUAAAUGCCUGAGCGGUGACUUGAGCCAGGUCUUCCGAUGCCACAGUUUGAACUCUUUCAAUAGAGUGGUGCUGGCUCUUAAUUUUUUAUGUUACACACUUCUGUUGGCUGCUAGCCCUGGAAAGCACGUGCACACUCACACAUACACACAUGCACACCUCUCUACCUUCUUAUUCUCCUGUAUCCCAGUCUCAGAAUUCAAGGGAAGGCGGGAACCCGGUUUAUUGCCAGAUGGAAAGUACCUACCACAGAAAGAAGCCUCCCUUCGUCUCUUUCCAGACCCAGAGCAGCCAUUUCGGUCCAGGCCACACCUCCUUCCCUUUUCUCUCCUAGGAAAGGAGGAGAUGAAGGGUGCUGCACAUGUUUGUCUCUCUGUCAGGUACUUCUUGACAGUGAAGAAAGAGGCCAAGCUUGGGAGUCAUGGCUCUGGGUUCAAUGUAACUUCUCCACUUACAAGAGGUCCACAGUCUAUUAUCUACAAUUCUGAAGUCAAAAAAGCUCCAAAAAUUGUAUGGUUGGUGUCAAAACUCAUUUGGAAGCAAAACCUGUCCAGAGGUGGCAUACAACUAUAUUUAGGAAGACUAAUGAUGCGCUGCUCUGGACUCUGCUGGGGUUGUUACAUGAUAUAUUGUACAUGCACCACGUUGCCUUUCUACUGUCUGAAGAAUUCUGAAUUCCGAAACACUACCAGUUCCAAGAGUCUGGGAUAAGGGAUUGGAAGCCUGUGUUACUUUUAAGAGCAUAGGGGCUGGCUCCAUGGCCGAGUGGUUAAGUUCGUGCACUCCGCUGCGGUGGCCCAGGGUUCAGAUCCUGGGCACAGACGUGGCACCGCCCGUCAGGCCACAUUGAGGCAGCGUCCCACAACCCACAACUAGAAGGAGCUGCAACUAAGAUACACAACCGUGUACAGGGGGGGUUGGGAAGAUAAAGCAGGAAAAAAAAAAAAAAGAGCAGAGUCAGUAUGUCCCCUGAUUGACUUUCCACAGCAGUGACUGUCAACUCUGGAACUCUGAGAGACAAAACCAUGGAAGGAAUGGAAUCAAUUCUCUUUUUUCCUAGAAAAAAUUAUAAAUUACUUUUUAAGGGCAGAAAGAACUAGAGGUAGUAACGUUAGUUGAACCAAUAUAUUUCUUUCUUUUUUUGCUCAUGUGAUCCUUGAGGAGUUUCUGUAGUGGUUUAGUCCUGAGUGAGAACAAUCUUUAAAGACCAUUUCAGUUCCCAGAUCCCAGGAGGUGAUGGUCGCUCCCUGCUUGUUCAGCAUUUCACCAGGCUAGUCCCAGACUAGGGAGAGGGGAGCAGAGCACUCAUCCUCUCUCAAGGAAUCUAUGCUUUCAUCAAGGAUACAAGACACACAUGCUUGGAACGAGGAGCGGGCUGUUAGAAGACUCAGUUAGAUAAGAAUAUAUUGGGAAGUUAUGAAAUCAAUGUUCAAGCAAGGAACAGAGCUGGUAUGCAUUGUAGGAGUCCAGAAAAGGGACCCCAGGUGAGAGAGCUAAUCUCAGGCCAGCUAAUUCUUAGAGAGAAGAGCCCAAGGAAUGGAUAAGCAAUGAGAGGAGAAGGGGAACGGAGGUUGGAAUGGAAGGAAAAGCAGAGACUUUGGAAUUCAGUCCACACUCCACAUUUACCAGCCGUGUGGCUUGGGCAAUUUGGAUAAACUUUUUGAGCCUCAAAUUCUUUAUCUCUAAUGUGGAGAUAGUUAUAUCUCUCUCUAGCUACAAUUAUUAUAAAUAUUAAAUGAAAUAGUAUAUGUAAACUGUUACCAGAACACCCUUUCUUCAUUCGGUGGCCAUUGUCCCUGCUAUUUGGCUCUCAGAGUCUUAGGGUUCAUUGACUCCAAUAUACCCGUUGACCAUAGGCUGGGCAGCUUACAGCCUUGCUCAAAGGCAUGUGUUGACAAAGGUAUAUAAAUCAGUAGGAAACAUUCAACCAGCCAAAACCCCAAAUCCUCUACCCCCUUGGCAACAUUCGACAGCUCUCUUCCAUUCCGCUCCCAUCACUCUAAUUAAGCCAUAUCCUCCAUCCAGCUGUGGACACAGGAGCCAGCCUGCCCACAGAACUUGCCCUCAAGUCAGAGUUGUUUGUUCUCAGGCAAUCUCAUUUUAUCUUGUUCUUGGGACCUUUUGGCCCGUUAACACACAGCACUACCCUACUACCCUAUGGGAAGCUUCCCGAUAGAUGGCAAUUGUCCUGAUAUCUUGGCUCCAAUGCCAUUGUCCAGCCUCUGUAGGUCAUACAAAUACCAAAAACAUAUAGAUCCUACAUAUCAACUAGGGGAGAGGUUAAGGGGAAAUGUAAAACAAAAGGGAGUAGAGGUUAUCACAGAAGAAACACAGGGUGAGAGAAGGCUGCCCCCUAUCUAAUGCAGAAGAGAAAGUGGAAGAAACAGUCUCCAGAGCAGAGUUAACACCAGAGCCCACUGCAUAAGCAGGGAGCUCAGGAAAACUGUCUCACUUCUGAUAGGAAGCAUCCCUACUUCAAUAUAAAACACCCAGGAAAGCGGGGGCCUGUAAGGCUUUGGAAACUAUUAGUAUUAGUAGCAGCGGUGGUUUAGUAACACGAUCAUCAUUGUCGUCCACCUUUGUAGAGGAUAAAGGUUCAUGAAGAUCAUCUCUCCUGUGAGGGCUGGGUCAGGAAGACAACAUGCACCUCUGCAAACCAGUGCCACUGGGGAGAGCAGCCUGGCUAAAGCAGAGGGAUGCUUGGCAGUUUAGAUGUAGACACUGGAAGAUUCUGGAUGCCCAGCUGAGCCUUAACCUAUAGUCACUAGGGUGUCAUUGGGCAUUGUUGAGAGAGUAAACAUCAUGAUUAAAAAUGGUGAGUAGAGGGGCUGGCCCCGUGGCCGAGUGGUUAAGUCCGCGCGCUCCGCUGCAGGCGGCCCAGUGUUUCGUUAGUUCGAAUCCUGGGCGUGGACAUGGCACUGCUCAUCAGACCACGCUGAGGCA